AUUAGCAUUUAUCUCCUCAAUUUAUUUCAUCUCAAUUUCAAUUGAAGCUUCUAGACGUUACUUUCUUUCUUCAUCUACAACUUCUGUCCCUCCCUCCCAAAAAAGAAGAAGAAAACCCAAAGAAAUCUCUUUUCUUUUUCUUGAUGCAUCGCAUAGAUGGUGAUUAUAUUUGACAAUAAAUCGUUUCGUUGUUUAACAAAGGCCGUUCUUUAUCUAGCCUUUGAUAUUUACUCUUUGAAUCCUUAAACAACCCUUAAAUGUUUUCCACCUUUCCGUUAUAUCUCUCUUUUUCCUUAGAUCCCUUCCACCUUUGCUCUGCUUAGCGGAUAUUGGAUUCAAGUUGUACUUUUUUUUUUUUUUGGUAAGUAUAAUGUUAAAUAUUGUAUUGAUCUUUUACUGUCAAGUUUAGACAUUGACUUUUUUAUUACCUGAUUUACCUCUCGAUUAGUUUUGUUUCAAUUCAAGCUCUUUCCUUUUCUGUUCUAAUAGCUAAAAUAAUGCAUAAAACUGAAGUGUCAGAGGAAUGGAAUUUGUGUUUAGCAAAAUUUUAACCGUAUUAAGCAAUGCUUGAUAUUUUAAUUCUUUAAUUAUGAAAAUAUUAGUAGCUUAAAUCUUGAAAAAAAAAAAAGUCACUAACUAAUAUUCAAUAAAUCUUUUUUCAUCUUAUUCUUGCUUUGUCUGCGUUUUAUUCCUUUCAUGAUAUAAGUUUUCCUUUUCUUUUUUAAUUGUGUCUUUUUCUUUAAUCCAUAAACAAUGUUGUCUACUUCUUUUCAUUAUAGUAUUCAUGAUAAAAAUUCUUUAUCUUGAGAAUAAUAACUGUUGGCUUUGGCAAUUACCUGUCAAGUAUUUAUCUACAUUAUUCUAAAUUAUGACCGGAUCUGUCUUGUAGCUACUAAUUUUCAAUUGGCUGACACUUUUGGGUUGUUCCUUAUUAAUUCUUUCAGUCUGUUUGGUGAUCAGAAGAAUUUCAGUAUGUGUUUUUUUUUUUUUUUAUUAUUAUUUCAAUAGUCAGAGUAGUCACCUUUGCUUAUUGAUAAUGUAUGUGUACUUUCACGUGAACGCUCCUUUUUCAGCUUUGUUCUUCUUGUAUUACUGUACUCUGUUUGGAAAGAUGCAGAAAAGAAGAAUUGGUGAAACUCUGAUAAUUACUAGUAUAUUUUUUGUGCUGCAUGUUUUCCAUUUCUUUUUAAAGGAUAAAAUAAUUCUAUUCAAAAUCUAGUUUUUCUUGGCCAUGUAAAGGUUUCCUUCGGUUGGCUGAUUUAUUUUUUUCUUUUUUCUGAUGAUUUGUUGUGUUUCUUGUAAACAUGAUCUGUUCCUUUAUCUUUCCUGAGAUGUUCAGUAUGCCCAGGUGAUUCAAUUUGAUUUGACUGGUUAUUUGUUCUUGGUUAAUGAAUUUCCAGCUAACCAGAACAUUUGUGGUGACCCAGAGCGAUCAAAAUCUGAAUCCACUCCAACAUCUACUGGAGAAACUACACCUAACACUAAAGACAUGAAUCGCUUAACUGUGAAAACUGAAUAUUCCUUUUCCAGCUUACUUGAGCUUUCUUCUAACAAUGAUGUUGAGGGCAUUAAGCAAUCCAUAGAGCAGGAUGCUUCUUCAAUCGAUAAGGUUGGACUUUGGUAUAGUCGUGAAAAGGGCUCAAACCAAAUAGUUGCAAAGCAUAGAACUCCAUUAAUGGUUGCUGCUAUUUAUGGUAGUGUUGAUGCUGUUAAGCUUAUACUGACUCACUCAGCGGCUGAUGUCAAUCUAUCGUGUGACAUGGACAAAAGUACUGCCCUUCACUGUGCCACCUCUGGUGGAUCUCUUCAUGCAGCUGAUGUUGUCAAGUUACUUUUAUCAGCCGGUGCUGAUCCAAAUUGCACUGAUGCCGUUGGCCACCAACCUGCCGAUGUUGUUGUAGUACAUCCCAAGCUCCAAAGCAUAAGAUCUGUUCUGGAAGAACUUCUUUCAGGACAAGUUUCUGAUGACUCUUUUGGGGAGCUCAAUUUAUGGGUAUCCAUUGAUAACUCUACGUCUAGCUCGCCAACUCUUUCUUCUUCACCUGAGAAUGGAUCACCACCCUGUCUUUCGAAUCUAACUUCAUCUCCAAUGGAUUCAAAAUUAAUUGAUAUACCCGUUAACACAAUAGAGAAGAAGGAUUGCUUAGUGGAUCCAUCUCUCCCCGAUAUCAAGAACAGCAUUUAUGCAACUGAUGAGUUCCGCAUGUUUUCAUUCAAGAUCCGUCCUUGCUCAAGAGCAUACUCCCAUGAUUGGACAGAGUGUCCAUUUGUCCAUCCAGGAGAGAAUGCACGCAGAAGGGACCCACCACAAUACCGGACUCGGCUGUGCAAGGAUGGCACAAGUUGCAAUAGGCGGGUCUGCUUUUUUGCCCACACAGCAGGCGAACUCCGCCCCCUGUACGUCUCUACUGGCUCUUCACGCUCAUCUGCAUCUGCUGCCAAUGUCAUGGACAUGGCUGCUGCUAUGAGCCUUUUACCUGGUUCACCCUUGUCUGUAUCUGCCUUGUCCUCUUCUCCUUUUAAUAAGCCCAUGUCUCCAUCAUCUAAUGGGAUUUCACACUCAUCUGCAGCGUGGCCCCAGCCAAAUGUUCCAACUCUUAAUCUCCCUGGAAGCAACCUCCAAUCAAGCCGCCUGAGAUGCUCCCUUAAUGCUCGAGAUAUCCCACCUGAGGACUUUGACUUGUUGCCAGAUUUUGAUGCCCAGCAACAUAUUCUAAAUGACUUAACCUGUUUCUCUCAGUCCUGUAACAGUUCAGUGUCUAUAAGUCGUUCUGUUCGGUCUAAAACGUUAACUCCUUCAAACCUUGAAGAGCUAUUUUCUGCAGAAAUUUCUUCAUGUCCUCGAUACACUGAUCAGACAGUUGCUUCUGCUGUGUGCUCCCCAACCCAUAAAUCUUCUCUUCUUAAUCAAUUCCAACAGCAACAGAACAUGUUCUCCCCAAUCAAUACAAGUGUCUUCUCACCCAAAAAUGUUGAGCACCCUCUGUUGCAGGCUUCAUUUGGUGUUGGGUCUCCUGGAAGAAUGUCACCUAGAAGUACUGAGCCAAUCUCCCCUAUGGCUGCUCGCCUUUCAACAUAUGUUCAGCUUGAGAAACAACAACAGCAGCUACGCAGCCUUAGCUGUAGGGAACUUGGGUCCAAUAAUCCCAUUGGAUCUCCUGUGAAUUCUUCUUGGUCCAAGUGGGGAUCACCUAAUGGACAGUUGGAUUGGUCAGUCAGUGGAUAUGAAAUGGGUCAAUUGCGGAGAUCAUCAUCAUUUGAGCUUGGGAACAAUGGUGAGGAGCCUGAUUUGUCAUGGGUCCAAUCUCUUGUGAAGGAAUCCCCACCUGAAAUGAUGCAAGAGAAGUUGGCGGUUCCUGUCCCUGGUGGUGCAUCAUCUGGUGAAGUUCUGAAUAAUUCUAAUUCCCAGAAUAAUUCUGCAGAACAUUCUGUUAUAGGAGCUUGGCUUGAGCAGAUGCAGCUCGAUCAGCUUGUAGUCUAGAGAAACAAAAGUUUUAUUUUUACCUCAUCAAGAUAGGUACAUAUUAAGCAUGGACCCACAAACAGAGUUACCAAGGUACAUAUUUUUGUGGGUCUUAUGCUAGUGAGAAAGAUAGCACUGGGAAAUGAAAGUGUGGUAAAUGCAGAAAAAAGAAGUGUGGCCUAAAGAGUAGGUGGGAAAUUUCUGGGAAUUUUAUUCAUUUUUUAUAUCAUUUAUUGUUUAAAGAAGAAUUCGGGCAAAAAUGUAGGAAGCCUUUAGCUGGGCUAAUAUUAAGCAAUCGAGCCUAGGUUCUGGUCUUUCUCUUCCAUCAUAUCUGAAUUAGGAUUACUUUUUACCUCAGUUUUCAUUUUAGAGGGUAGCUACAUGUAAAGACUUUGUAUCUUUUUGAUGUCUCAUAUUACUUUAUUUUGCAUUGGUGAAUUAGUGAAGAAAGAAUUCUGAGGGAGAGCAUAGGUGAUUCUUUUUUAUAUGAUGUAGAAGAUCGUGCAUUUUAUUAGAAAAUGCAUGCAUUUUGUAGGAUCAUAUGAAGGAUGAGAGUCCGCUAUGCGUUUCCUUUGGAUGAUGUAAAGUAAAACCGAAUUAAAGUUUCAAUACCUUUAUUUUUUUUUGUUCUAUACACUUCAACUUUCUCAUUCAUUCAUUUUGCUCCCUUUUCUCAUACUCUCUUGAUGGUUGAUUCUGAUUCGUGUAAUUUAUUCAAGUAUGGGGGUCUGUGAUGCGGUGGUUCCCCUCUUUAGGAUGGGGAUUGGUUGAGUGGAUAUUUUUGGAUUCUUACAAUCUUUCUUGAGAAGAUCAUGAAAUGUGGAAUUUGGGAUGGAAUUUGUAGGGUGCAAGGGAUAUUUUUCCUUGAAAAAGGAAUGUGGAUCCAACUUUCUAAAGAUCUCUUUUAGGGGAGUGCAUGGGAUGAUGUACCUCUGAAUGAUGCAAACCACCCACCCCACAAAAAGUAAAGUAGGUGGGUUGGUCUUUAGUGGAGUCAGAAAAUAAAUGGUUGUGUUUCUACUAAUUUCUUCAUUGAAAGAGAUCUGUGGGGACAUGUGGAAAACUCCUAGGGCAUUGCCUUAAGAAGUCGGUUGGUUUGCUUAGUUUGCAAGUUUAAUUAAUGGUUUGGUUUAAAGUAUCAUCAUCAAAUGUACCGUAGAUAUAUGGAUAAUCGAAUUCGUAACAGAGGAUGCUACCAUAAACGAAAGAUGCCUCUUUUAGGGAUCAAAUGUAGCGUACAUGAUUACUUGGUAAUCAAGCUUCAUUAUUUUAAACAUUGGGUCAUGAUAAGGUCCAUAGAAAUGGGUUAUCUGCCUGCUUAGUCAUUAGGUUUUAGAGUUACAUGAAUAUAUGAUAUACGGUAUACCCUGCAUUACAGAUCUUUAGAGGCUUGCCUAUGGUUCAGCUGACAUUGUCGUUUCUGGUCGGAUUAACCGCUUUUAGAAACUGGAUUUAUAAGGAGCCAAAUUAGGAUAUCUUUGGGUUUGUUUUAUCUUCACAUGCACUCACGCGGAUAAACACAGACAUACCUAUGAAAAAGAAAAAGAUAAAGAAGUGAGAAACAUCGUUUUUGUAAAUAGAAUCCAGGUCUUUAAGCUUAUUAGGAGUAAUAAAUGAAUGAUGUGCAAUUCGGACGGUCCGCUGGAGCAAUAAUUAUGGUAGAAAUAUCUAAUAAAUGAAUGAUGGUGAACUUGUGGGCUGUAGUUGUACUAUCUAUGGACGAAUGUGGAGUAGGGCUUGUUUUGCACUUUCACGUUCAGGUUUAGUUGCGUUGAACAACAGAAGAACAGAGCAGUGAGGAGUUCCAUGGCAGUAGGAUUAUCAAAGGGAGUACUUGCUGUUUUUCGGAGUAUUUAAAGUUGAGGUGCUUUGGUUUUCUAAGGCAUCUCCGAAGUUUUUGUGUCUGAUUUUGCGGAACUAUCUUCUAUAUAUUUGCUCUGUUUUUGGGUUUUAGGAUGGCCGGUUGUGAAUUUUUCAGACACCGAUUAGCAGCGGCCGACGAUGGUGAACGUCAGCCAGCCGGGAAUCCAACGCCAAAAUCUGAGUUUUGUGGUUAGGGAGCAAGUGUGAGUUUAGAGAGAGGAGUGGAUGGAAAAAUGAAUGGAAGAAGAAAGAGAAAAG